CAUUGCACUCGAUAGUCGAAUGAUGUCGAAGAUUUUAGGAGAUGGACAUGUUCGGAAAACCGGUAGAUCUUGUGUGAUUUUGGAAAAACAACAUAAUCGUCUAGUUGACUUACCUGAUAGUGCUUUACGGUUGAAUUAUGAAAAGAAAUAUUAUGAACCAGAGAAUGGUGAUCAUUUAAUAUUUUCUGCUCAACUUCAAAAUGGUCGUUAUAGUGCAUUGACAGCAAUUAAACCAACUGAUCUUUUACAAGUUUAUGGAAGUCUUUCUUAUUUGGAUGAACAAUUAAAAUUUGGGCAUGUUUCAAUUCAUGGAAGAACUGCGAAAGUUUUUGUUCCUUUUUCAACAAGAACGACGAAUGGAGCGUGUUGGUACGGACAAGGAGCAUAUAUCGACAAACCUUAUCUCAUAUACAUUUUCCGUCAAGAAGAAGCUCACGGCUGCAAGUUUGUAGCAUGGGCUAUUUAUGAUGAUACUAGAAAGACGACAAGCGUACCACCUACUCCUACGGACAUUCAAAAUACCUCACAUAUGAAGAAAUUGGGGCCUCCAACCGCCGUUCAACGACAAUCGGAUCAUCAAUCAGUUGAAUUUGUUCAAGCUCAAUCGGGUGUUAUCUAUGAUAUCUCUGACAAUUACGUGAUAUCUGUGACUUCUCCCACUUGCCAAAAUGUUGAAUUUGCACCUACGUUGUAUGAAAGUUGGAUGAGACCAGGUCGUUUUAUAACCUUUGAUGGGCGUCGUGUUUCCGAUGUCAAGACGUCUAAGCUGAUGGGAAGUAAUCCUGAAGAUAUGGGCUCGAUCUAUCCAAUUAGAAAGUUGACUCCUCUUACGAUAACCAUAAGUGCUAUUAUGAAUAAGGUUUCACAUGGAAAAGCUGGUUGGGCGUGGAACGAUCAUGUUGGGAGAAUCUACAUUCCAUGGAACAGUACUGAUCGAUAUAUGCAGGCAUCAAAACCACUUCCGUUCACACCUGUUCAUCUAGAGAUUGCUUACAACGGAAAACAUGAUGAUAUUCCAUGGGUCGCCUGUGGUUCUUCUCUUGUCGAAGAACAAGAAUAUGAUCAAAUUGUCGACGAGAACUCAAGAAUGCUGAAAACGGAGGACAAUUGGAAGAUCCAAUCAGUUGUAGAUGGACCCGAAAAUCCGAGCAUCUUCCUUGCUAAGUUUGACGAGAAGGGAUUGAAACGAACUGCAUUUGCAAAAGUAAUUGACCUGAAUAGUGGAAACAUCCCACCUACUGGAACACUUGUUCGCAUCACAUAUUACGCUCAAGAACGUCAUGGAAGACAUGCAAUGAGAUGUGUUUUGGUCACUACAAUGGAGAAAGUUGAACGUUUUCCAAAAGUUCAUUCUAUUAUCAAUGGAAGUGGCGAAAAGCACUUCCCAAUGAUGUAUGAGCAACCAAUACCGAAGAAACAAGUUAUUCCUCCAACUCCUGUUCAACGAGUUCAAGCUGCACCUCCUCCAGCCAAAAAUUGCUGGAACUUAAAAAAUCUUGGUUCACCUGCAGCUCAACCAUCUGUACAAGACUUUCCAACAGUUACUGGAGACGAGGAUGAUAAUAUCUUUGUGGAAGAAACGAACACGGCUCUACCACCUCCUGGAUUUGUACCACCAGGCCUAGUUGCUCCACCAGGUCUUCCACCACCACCAGGACUUCCAGCAGUACCACUUUCAACUGACCUCGCUUAUGAUUUCAAAAUGACUUCAAGCAUUCCAAUGACAAACGGUCUCGGACACCUCCGACUUGGAUCAGUGUGGAGUGGGACUCCAGUUGAGGCGAAGCAAGAAGAGCCCUUACAUUAUUUCCAGCAACAAGACAAUUUUCUCGGUUCAUCAUUUGGCCCGAUUAGUUCCACUUUCUCUGCAGAUAACUUCUUCACUGAACUUACUGCUUCCAUAUCUCAACCUUCCACCUCAAGUGUUGUGAAUUCUGGACCAAUCAGUGAUCUGCGAAAUACACAAUCAGAAGCAUCAUCUCCAGGAUUAAAGUCGGAUGGAAAUGAGCCCGUUGAGGAGACAAACUGCUGGUCAAGUCUUGAAGCAGCUACAAAUGGUAACAAUCCAUUCAACAGCUCAUUCUCGUAUGGAUUUCCACAUAUGGACCUUCCGAUCUAUCAGAAAAUGAUGCCAAAUGCCAACGAUAUUCUUAAACCAAUGCCACUCGUCGAAGAAGAAUUGAAACCAGCAACAUCAGCAACACACUCAGAAGCCGAUUCAUGCACAUGUGGGACGGAGCAACUGAUUUGGGAUCUUUGGCAAAAUCCACAUUUUAUCGCUGCUUUCGCCGCAAGUGAUCCAGAAACAUUCAAACGCGUUGAUGCGAAACGCAAGCUCUUCAGUUUAUCUAACCAUCGUUAAAUCGUUUUCCAAUUGCCAAUUUUAUUCUAAUAAUUUUAACCAUUUCUAUGGUUUUUCUUUUUUCAUUUUCUCGUUUAUCCAUCUUUCCUCUAAUAUAUGUCCGGAUAGAUUUCCGACAUCUAUCAUUUUCAAAUUGCUUUCCUUAAACUGGCGUGGGCCGCCCUUGAGAAAUCAUAAAAUGCCCCUUUCAUAGCUCACUGUUCCCUGUUCUCAUGACUAUCCCACCAUCCCGUUCUCAUGACUUUUCGACAUUUUCUCGAGUCGCCCAGUGCUUCUCCCCCUCUGACGAGAUACUCACACAACCUGUUCUAUCUUUUUAUCAUCUUGUAUUAGUUUAUAUCACUAUUUUAUAAUUUCCAACCUAUAACUGAAAACAGUUCAAAUUCAUCAUGUCUCCACUCAGUUUUAUUCUUUGUUUUUUUUUGUAUUGCCAUCAACUGUUCCAAGUUGUUUGCCCCAUUAAGUAUUAUUUAAUAAAUAUCUUGAGUCGAA